AAUAGCUCUAGGGGAUUCGAUGAUGACCGUCGGAUUCCGGGGUAUUUGCCUGGAAACUGGCAUGACAAGAGAUCCAUGUAUAAAGAGCCUGAUGGACCCUCACACAUUGAGACAAGGUCUUCAACAGACAAUAUCAUGCAUGAAUCCACUCUGACUACUCUUGCAUCGUCACCUCAGCCAAAAGAUGAGUAGGUUUUCGACAUAUUGUGAGUGGACCGUCACCGCUCGAAAGUGCUUAGAUGGUGAACCGCCCCCGGAUCAUCUAGCAACGUUCCACCUGUGGAGAGGGUUAAUACAAUUCCCACUCAUCGGAGUAGCGCACUCUAGCCGCAUCGCUUGUUUUUAUAAAGGCCUGGUAGCCGAGGUUGAUCAAUCUAGGUUAGAUGACAAACGGAAAGAAUUAUACAGGAAAUUCACGGCCAGGGUAAUCUCUGCCCACGUUGCUGUUGAGGGGGUAGGGGCGCCGUUUGGGACUGUUUCGAAUCUUAGAAAGCCCCUUUGUCGUCUCGCGGCGGCCCUCGAAAUCAUGGUAGCAUUAAAGGAGUAUGACGAUGACCAUCCUAUUCACUGGUCUGAAGUAUUUCCGACGGAGGAUGCUCCGUGCUCUAUGUCGCCGCAGGAUCUCUGGCUUCAUUUCAAGCUAAAAAGUAUCCGACCAUGCCUUAUCUUUCUCGUACGAAUUUUGAGGCUCCUGCUUCCUGGUUAUUCUGAGUGGUGGAAUGAAUGUGAGGAGAGCUUUAGGAGGAAGCAAUGGAUGCUCUUAUUCGUCCUCGAUUCACCAACCCCCCGAAAGAUUCGAACCCCAGCAUAACCUCCUAGGAUCGACUUGGUAGCUCCCUAGGCUGAGCUAGAAUGAUGAACAUAUAAGAGCUAAGUAUCUGUAUCGUAGAAGGGUCCACUGUUUAGCUUAUAGCUCCUGUAAUUAAUGCGAGGAUGUACUACACUAAUAUCCAUAGCGCCGUAAUCCAUGUAUGUCGUGUAAAACCCAAGGUCAAACUUAGGAAAGGGUCAAAAGUUAGAAUUCUCAAACUCAAGAUGACGAUGGUUAUGCGUAUAUCAAAGAUAGGCAUUCAUGCUUAGAUACCUA